AUGGUUUGGCCUACAGAGUUCGAUGUGAAACUAGAAAAAUACAAUGCCAUGGAAAUUCCUGGACAGCAAUUGAGUGCAGCGCAAGCUUUUACCCCUCUGGAUCAUCUCUUAAAUUUAGAUAUCAAGGCACCAGCGGGAUGUCAGCGCCUAACUGGAAUAAUAGCUAAUAUGGGUAAAUCAACAAGUGAUGUUGACACAUUAGAGAAAAUGAUGUCCGCGGGAAUGAACAUUGCAAUGCUGAAUAUGUCCUACGGGACGAGAGAGGAACAUAUUGAAAUGAUCAAACUACUAAGGCAAGCAGCCAAGAAUUUCAGUGUUAACAUGGGAAAGAAUUAUCCACUAGCCAUAGCUGCAAGAUUGGCUGGUAAAAAGAUAAGAACAGGCAGUAUAGCUGAUAGCUAUGGAGAAACAGUUGAAUUAAAAACAGGUGACGUAAUAAGACUAACUACAGACGAGACAUACAAAGACAGAUGCUCGACAUACGCCAUCUAUGUUGACUUUAUGUAUUUCGCGGAUCAAAUAACAAAAGGGGAUCUAGUAUUAAUUGACAAUGAGACUAUAAUGCUAAAAGUCGAAAUCAUAUCGACCUCUACAGUCACGUGUAAGAUUGAAAGAGGUGGAAUUUUGGGCUCCUACAAGGAUGUGUUCGUGCCGAAUGUGGUGUUUGAAAUGCCCAACUUCAGUGAGAAGGACAAACUCGACAUUGAUAUGUUGAUUCAUCAACAGAUCGACAUUAUUGUUGCUUCUUUUGUCAAUUCACCAAAUACGAUAGCGGACCUCAAAGACCUCUUGGGCGUAAAAGGAAAGAAAAUAGCUAUAAUUGCCAACAUUCAAACUAUAGAGGGCUUCCGAAACUUCGAUGAAAUCCUUUUAACAGCGAAUGGCAUUAUGAUAACUCGACAGGAAUUGGGUUCUGAUAUAACACCGAAGAAGCUAGUCAUUGCUCAGAAGAAUAUGAUUGCACGUGCCAAUAAGGCUAACGUUCCGGUCUGUGUCAACGCACAUCUCCUAAGCAGCAUGAGAUACAAAAAAUUACCACUAAGAGCGGAACUCUUGGAUGUGGCGAACUGCAUUCUGGACGGUGCCGACACUCUUGAAUUAUCUGCUGAAACAGCGGUCGGUCUGUACCCAGUCGACACUGUUGCCUGUUUAGCCAGUGCCUGUAAAGAAGCUGAAGCCUGCAUCUGGUCUAAGCAGAUUUUUCACGAUUUUGUCGAUAAGACGCCGAUCCCGUGCGAUCAAGCAACCGGUGUUGGAUUAGCCGCGGUACUGGCAGCGCAGCGGUCAUUAGCGGCCGCCAUAAUUGUCGUCACCACAACCGGGAAAUCGGCGCAAAUUGUAUCUAAAUACGGACCGAGAUGUCCCAUUAUAGGUGUAACUAGAUACGCUGCUAUAGCUAGACAAUUGCACUUGUGGAGAGGAAUCAUACCGCUUAUUUUUGAGGAUGCCCCAGACGCAGACUGGCAAAUAGAUUUGGAAUGCCGGGUGAAUUUUUGCACCAAAUGGGCGAUGGACCAGGGCUUCGUGAGAGUCGGCGAUCCUAUCGUCGUGGUCUCCGGUUGGAAGCAGGGAGCUGGCUAUACGAACACUAUGAGGAUAGUUUACGCGGCCGCUGAUUGUUCUGUGGUCUAAUU